AAUUAAUCCCUUAUUUUCAAUUUAACCUAUCGGCUGAAAGUUGUUUCACUAUUUUGGUUUCUGAUCUUCUCUUUCUAAUUCCUGAAUGCUGGCGCAAUUUCUACGGUUGCUAGGCUGAAAUGGCGACCGAAAAAGUGAAUCCAGCUACUGACGAAGUAAAGAUGGAUCUGUUCGAAGAUGAUGAUGAAUUCGAGGAAUUUGAAAUCGAUCAAGAGUAUGGAGACAAAGAGGAAGGAAAAGAAGUAGCUCAGCAAUGGGAAGACGACUGGGAUGAUGACGAUGUCACUUAUGAUUUCUCCCUGCAGCUCAGGAGGGAAUUGGACAGCAAUGCUGAGAAGAAAUAGGCUGAAGUUGAGUUGUCUGCGGACGAGAAAAGUGUAGGGGAUGAUAAUUAGUGAUGAAGAAGGGCACCCGAGCUAGAUGGAGGCGGGUAAAAGAUGUUGGGAAAAUGAUAAGGUAGAUGGGUAUUGGAGUACAAAGAGAAGUCGGGGUAAUGUUUUAAUAUGAAUAAGUUACUAUACCUAAUAAAUUGUUUGUUAGCAAUACAUUUUUUAAUUAGUUAACCCAAUUAUAAAGGUGGAGAGUUUACAUGAUUAUUUUUUUAUGAGACAUAUAUGAUAUAACAAAUUCUUAUGGAUU